UCUUUUAAAGAAUUAUUGAAGACGAAGUUGUUGUUUUUUUUUUAAUGGCUUUACAGAAUUUUAAAUCGAAUACAAUUUGACAUGACGGCAAAAAAUGUUGGUUUGACUUCUACAAAUGCAGAACUGAGAGGAUUUAUAGACCAGAAUCUCAGUCCAACAAAAGGUAACAUUUCAUUUGUUGCAUUUCCAGUUUCCAGCACCAACUCACCAACAAAGAUUUUACCAAAAACCUUAGGACCAAUAAAUGUGAAUGUUGGACCCCAAAUGAUUAUAAGCACACCACAGAGACUAACCAGUUCAGGAAGUGUUCUGAUUGGGAGUCCAUAUACCCCUGCACCAGCAAUGGUUACUCAGACACACAUAGCAGAAGCUACCGGCUGGGUCCCAGGUGAUAGAAAACGAGCUAGAGAAUUUAUAGAUUCUGAUUUUUCAGAAAGUAAACGAAGCAAAAAAGGAGAUAAAAAUGGAAAAGGCUUGAGACAUUUUUCCAUGAAAGUGUGUGAGAAAGUUCAGCGGAAAGGUACAACGUCAUAUAAUGAAGUGGCUGAUGAGCUGGUAUCAGAGUUCACCAAUUCAAAUAACCAUUUGGCCGCUGAUUCGCAGGCUUAUGACCAGAAGAAUAUUAGGAGAAGAGUUUAUGAUGCUUUAAAUGUGUUAAUGGCAAUGAACAUAAUUUCAAAGGAAAAAAAAGAAAUCAAGUGGAUUGGCCUGCCUACCAAUUCUGCUCAGGAAUGUCAAAAUCUUGAGAUAGAGAAGCAGAGGAGGAUAGAACGGAUAAAGCAGAAGCGGGCCCAGCUGCAAGAACUUCUCCUGCAGCAAAUCGCUUUCAAAAACCUGGUUCAGAGAAAUCGGCAAAAUGAACAGCAGAACCAGGGUCCUCCAGCUCUGAACUCCACCAUUCAGCUGCCAUUUAUAAUCAUAAAUACAAGCCGAAAAACAGUCAUAGAUUGCAGCAUCUCCAGUGACAAGUUUGAAUAUCUUUUUAAUUUUGACAACACCUUUGAGAUCCAUGAUGACAUAGAAGUACUGAAGCGGAUGGGAAUGUCCUUUGGCCUGGAGUCAGGCAAAUGCUCUCUGGAGGAUCUGAAACUUGCUAAAUCGCUGGUGCCAAAGGCCUUAGAAGGUUAUAUCACAGAUAUCUCCACAGGACCUUCCUGGUUAAAUCAGGGACUACUUUUGAACUCUACUCAAUCAGUUUCAAAUUUAGACCUGACCACUGGUGCCACCUUGUCACAAUCGAGUGUAAACCAAGGGUUGUGCUUGGAUGCUGAAGUGGCCUUAGCAACUGGGCAGUUCCUUGCCCCAAACAGUCACCAGUCCAGCAGUGCGGCCUCUCACUGCUCUGAGUCACGAGGCGAGACCCCCUGUUCAUUCAACGACGAAGACGAGGAAGAUGACGAGGAGGAUUCCUCCUCCCCAGAAUAAAGACAGGAGAAAACCCACAUUUUAAUAUUUGAUGCUCAUGUGUGUUUUUAGUGUGAGCUCUUGUUUUUGAAAUGAUUGCUUCAGUCUUUGCCUUUGUUGCACUGUGUGUUCAGUGAAAACUAGGGAAACACAAUAAGCAAAUUAUCUGAAGGCUGAGAUGAUUGAGAUGAAAGUUAACAUAGCAUGAAUGAAAACUCUGAACGACAGAGCAAUGGAUCACACCGCAAACAAAGCGGUUUUCUGAAGUGAUAGAACAGUCCCUAAAGAAUUGGCAGCAUGAAUGAAGCUCAUAUAUCUUCCACGAGUUGGGAUCCUUGUGUUCCCCCACACCCACAUAACCCUCGUUAGAAUCAAGAUUGCUGUAGCGAAUAGCCCGUGACAUCACGUUUGUCAUGUCUCUCUUCCUCGACUGGGCUGCUUUUUACAAGCAGAAGUGACCGUGAGAGGAUCCAGUGAGGAUGAGUUGUACAGUGAGGGGUGUAGACAGCAAUCCUUGUGGUCUAAGGAGUAUAGAUUGAACUGCUGAACUAGUUGGAAGUCUAGUUGAGGUGCUUGGUGCAUCAGCUGCCUUAGACAGCUUCUAGAAAGGAGCAAGCGCUAAUUCUUAAGUACUUAAGCGACAUUUAGAAUAAUUUAUAGUAAAACUGAAACGAUCAUUAUUAGCCAAUGCGUUGGUGCAUAGAAUUUUCUAGGGCUACUUCUGGAAGCCAAAAUAGAAUAGCGUUUCCACGUGCAUUAAAUACUUUGCCAGCACUGCCUUUGCCAGCAUUUGAAAUCUGGAGUUUUACAGAGAAGGAAAUGGUAUCUGUAGUUUUAAUCAAAGCUAUGCAUUUCAUAUAGCUUUUUCAUUUAAAACAGAACCGAGAAACAAAUUCCUGUGACUGAACUGCUUGCUUAGAGUUCCCUACAGUGCUUGUAUGAUUUUACUCAGUGUGCAAUUUGUGAAAAUGAACCAAAUGUCAUUACUUUUGUCUUAA